AUGUCCUACCACCACAGCUCCCCAGACGUAUACUAUCAGAGAGACGACAUUGAGGAGUAUGGUUGGGAUACCGGUCACGAGGAGUACUCCGAUCACGGCGACUAUGACGAUCCUGACCAAGACGACGGUGCCGACAACUGGGACCCCAACGAGGAGUACGGCGAGCAUGGAGAGCAUGACGAAUUGGAUUGCGUUGUCGCAAUUGCGGACUCAGAGUCGCUGGGACAAGAUUUGGAAUACAGCAAGGACGGUGAUGACGACGACACUAGCCACCCAAAUUUAAAUCAGGAAGGAGACCAGCGAGAAAACACCGAACCAGAUAUCAACCAGGAAGGAAACCAGUGGAAACACCCUCAUCCAGAUGUCAUCCAACAGCUAGUCAUGCAAGCUUUGACCGAGAUUGGGUACACUUGA